AUGCCGCGAUCAACCACCGUCAUGCUCCUCGGACUGCUGGGCACCAGCCUGGCAUCUACACCGCCGCCAUACGAUCAAGAAAAACAACACCGCGACGCAGACUGCGACAACGGCUGCUUCUUUGGCAGUUUCCCAGGCGGCUCCUGCACGAACGACCCGGCAUGCAUGUGCACCCAUCAGAAGUACCGCGAGAGAUAUUUUUGCUGCAUGGCCGACAAAUGCGACCGCUCCGUCCUGAUCGAUUCGAUCCAGCGGCAGAGUCUAGGAUGCGAGAGCUGGAACAACCCGUUCACGUUCGACGCGGAGGCGGUAUGCGGUAUCAAGCUCUACGAGUCGCCAACCCAGUCGGUUGCCACCGUAACUCAGCAGGUCACUGUCACCGUCACCCACGAGGCAAAGACAACAUCGGCGUUUGCCGCCUCGGCCUCAGCUUCGGCUGCGGCCACAUCUAGGGGCUCUGCGGUUGCUUCCGGAUCUGAGACGACUGGCGCAGCUUCGUCUACGAGCGCGCCGGCUCCGUCUACUGUGGCGAACGGCGCGCCGAUAGGUCGCGUUAGGGUGGGUAUCGUACUUGUAGCUACUGCGUUCGCAAUGUUACUGUAG